CCCUGGGAAAACAACGUUAGCUUUAAAUUAACCGAUAAUCCCUAUAAUUUAGAGCGAAGGGAUAAAUGUUUGGCGAAUAAGGCCACGAUUCAUAUAAUCCUUAAGCGUUACAUUAAGACUAUGUUUCAAUAAAUCAAUAAACAACGAUCACGCCCACGACCAUAGUUUCCCCCGUUCUAUUUGCUUGCGAAGUACGAACGUUGCAAUCAUAAAUGCAAUUAAUGGAUUAGAUUUUAAAGCGUUUCAAGCAUUGGUGUAAAAACAAUUUUAGUAAUUCAAAGUUCUUUCGUAGAAUUGAAGAUAACAAUACAUAAUAACACCUCAAUAGACCUUUCUUUUAACUAUAUUCUGUGCAACCACCCAGCAAUCACUGUUGCUAUUAGCAACAGAACUUUGUUAUUAAAUAUUUGAUUACCAAGAAAUUGUUAAUUUUAAAUAGUUUCUGUUAUAAUACAAUUAGUGAAAAAAUCACAAAUCUAGGCUAUGGGUCUCGUAAAAUAUAGAGUUCAUCAGUGACAUAAAACAAGUAAGUUCCUCUCAGUAAAAUUGGUCUGUAUAACAAAAAGAAACAUAUAAAUAGCUCGUGUUAUUACGCCCUUUUUAACGAGGAUCUGAAGAUAAUGCCUGUUCUGGAAGCGCCAAAUGUGGAACUAGGCUCGGCUCCGCGGACGCCCAGUGUGAUCGCAUCACCGUCACCGUCUGAAAUCUCCAGUGCCAGCUCACCUGAACCACAAAAUGUUCGCGCUACUCCGCUUUUCAGGAUGUUGGCCAUGCCUCCCCCUGAACCAGAACAGCCACCCGGUCAAGACGAAUUGGAGCGUCGGUUGCCCGGCUACAGGCGCAUAGUUAUACCGCGGGAGUUAACUCUCAUUGAACUUUUGAAAGAAUCCAGUGGAGUGACGACAGACGAGGAAGUCCUGACGAUUCGCGAGGCGAAGUUGCGUGUUAUUGCGGAACGCGUUGGCCUGCGACGACUGCACGUCCUCGCCCCCCAUUUGCGCUCUCUCACGCUUGACGGCAGCGCAAUUUCAUCCUUGCGUGACCUUGGGAUUGGAUUAGUUCACUUAAAAAUUUUAAGCAUAAACAGAUGCGGCUUAACAUCUUUGGACGGAAUCUGGGGCUUGGGUGCUUUAAGGGAGCUUUAUGCCGCUGGCAAUCGUCUUUGCGAAUUGCAUCCAUUGGCGGCCAUGCAGAAGUUACAUACACUGAAUUUAGCUGACAACCCUAUUGAAGAAUCAAGUCGCUUAUGGACUAUAGGUGUUUGCAGUUCACUUCGAAAAUUGACUUUGCGAGGGACGCCUAUUUCGGACGCAAUGAAUUAUCGUUCACUUGUUGCUUCUGCCUUACCGAUGCUUGUGACAUUAGAUGACAUACCGUUGAAUCCAGAUGAAGAAGAUGAAAUUCCUGAAGAAUUGUUGUCAGAUGGACAUGUUAGCGCAGAAAGUGAUACUGAACCAGAAAAAUACAAUUCGUUACCUAGUGAGUUACAAACAAUUCAAGUGCCUCAGCCUGGCCCUUCCGGAUCACAAUUUCAGAGUACAAACAACGAUUCAAAUGAGCGGUUGGCUUUCAAACGUUUGAGGGUAUCUCGCCUGCGUCCAGCCACCACGGAAUGUGCUGGUAUACGCCCAUCACGCCCUGACCUACCCCGCAGACCCAAAACUGCCUUAGAAAGGCCUAUCGAUGCCCCAACUAGGUUGCAGAUUAUGAAUACGCUUAUGGACGACGAAUGGCGUUGUAGCGGCAGUAAACUGACGUCACAGGAACCCGUCUGCGGUAAUCUCGCCAGAGCCUUGAGACGAUCGUCGAAAGAAAAACUUCGUAGCUCAACGGAAGCCAAAUUAGAAAUCGUGGAGAAUACAAUGGAGGAGGCAUGUCGAGCUCUCGCCGCUGAAAUACCUCGCGCGCCUAACGUUGAGCAAUGGGCCAAAUUCAAAGAGGACACUAGAAUUGAAAUAGACAUUGAUUUUAAUGCAAGACCUAAAGAUGCAGACCCAACAAAAGUGAUAGAGCGAUUGGAGCGUAUUGAAAAAGAGACAAUGGAGAGACUUAAUGCAAACCCAAACGAGAACUAUACACCGGAUGUUAUUAGUGCAUUUUCUCUGAGUCCUUCUCAAAUACACUCUAGAGGUGUUAUGAGUGAUUAUGAAUUGUGGAGAGAAAUAGAAAAUUUGGAUACAGGAUCUCCACCUGAAAAUGUGGACGAUUUGUUCAGAGAUAUAGCACCGAUUCGUCGCAGACGUAGUAGGAUACUGGAAAAUGAUUAGAUUGUAGAGAUUUGUUUGAUAAAUGAAAAAGGUUCUUUAUUUCCUGUUUUGUUACUUGUCGUUUGAAAAGAGAAAUAUUUUAUUAAUCAAACGAUUAGAGUUUAUUAAAGUUACCUACACUUAAAUUAAAACUGUUAGGUACAUUCAUGACACACAGCUCAUGAAAAAUAGACUAAAUGUAGCUUUGAAAUGGCAGAUAUUAAAUAUUUUUUAUGCUUCAAUUAUCUGGUCUCGGCAUUCGUUGCAAUUUCGUUUCAAAUAGUUUCAAUGAAGUCCCAUCGUAAUUGGGGGAAUGCAAAGUUACAAAAAUAUGUACUUUCAUUUUUAUUUAUUUAGAUACCUAAUAAAUACCUCGUAAUGUUACUUCUUUAUUAUGACACUCGAUGAUGUCAUGACGCGUUUAAAGAAAAGACAAUGUUUUCUGUAAAUACUAGUGAUGGCGUGUUUCUACUUAUUAUUCUAAAGGCAUCUUUGUAGAGCAAUUGAAGCUUUAAUAGCUCCGUGGUGAAGGGGCCGGACUUACACACAGGUCAUGGGUUCUUUAGACUCACUCCUAAUGUUAAUACAGUAUUUCCAACCGAUUGGAGUGGAAUGGUGAUAUUGCAAAAAUAUUGCUUAAAAUAUAUACGGUCGAAUUGAGAAACCUCCUCCUUUUUUGAAGUCGGUUAAAAAGAAAUUUAAACAAGGGCUUUUUAAAUAAAACCCGUCUGCCGUAUACCUAAAUAGUUUGAAGGAUUUGAUUUCAAGAUUAUGCGGUGGCAUUUUAUAUUUAAUAAUAAAAAAAUACAACCGACUUCAAAAACAUAAAACGUACCAACUAAACUAAAAAGCAAAAAGUAAUAUCAUAUUACGUUCUACCUGCUGAUCACUUUGAAGGCGGUGCUAAACCUACCUACACCUUAAUGCUAAAGACAUGAACGCGUUUUUGAGUUUGUGUAAUUUGAUCAUGCUCCUUGUUAUUUUGAAAAAUCCCAGCAGUUCCUUACGAUUAUGUUAUUUGUUGUAUGAUAUUUAAUUUACAAUUUAGUUUAAACUUUAAAUCUAUGAAUGAUAAUUGUUAUUUU